GGAGACAAAUAAAAAUUUGUGUUUGGUUGACUUAGAUAUGCCACUUUAGAAAUAAGUGUAUUUACCAUACUAUUCCUAUUUUUUUGUGGUACAUUACAAGCUUUCCCUCAGAUUUUUUUUACGGGAGAACGGUUUGAAGGGCUUUUUACAGAAGUGUCUGCUUAUUUGUUUUGAUUUUUGAGUUGAAGCGUUGUUUAUCGUUGGCAUCAAUGGCGGGCAAAGGGGAAGGACGUGCGAUCGGGAUCGAUUUGGGAACUACCUACUCGUGCGCGGCGGCAUGGCAGCACGACCGCAUUGAGAUCAUACCGAAUGAUCAGGGCAACCGUACCACGCCGUCUUACGUGGCCUUCACCGACUCCGAGCGUCUCAUCGGAGACGCCGCCAAGAAUCAAGUCGCCAAUAAUCCCACCCGCACUAUUUUCGAUGCAAAGAGGCUGAUCGGCCGCAAAUUCAGUGAUCCAAAGGUUCAGGAUGACAUGGUACACUGGCCAUUCAAGGUCAUUCCUGACCCCACCGAUAGGCCUAUGAUGGUAGUAAACUACAAAGGGGAGGAGAAACAGUUUUCGGCUGAAGAGAUCUCCUCGAUGGUGCUCACCAAGAUGAAGCUUGUUGCCGAGGCUUAUCUUGGAUCAACUGUCAAGAAUGCUGUUGUGACGGUGCCUGCUUAUUUUAACGACUCUCAGCGUAGGGCCACCAAGGAUGCCGGAGCCAUUGCUGGCCUUAACGUUAUGAGAAUCAUCAAUGAGCCUACUGCUGCAGUAAUCGCAUAUGUUCUAGAUAAAAACGCUAUUAGCUAUGAGGGAAAAAAUGUGCUCAUUUUCGACCUUGGUGGUGGCACGUUUGAUGUGUCUUUGGUGACGAUUAAGGGGGGCAUCAUAAAAGUGCAAGCUAUUGCUGGAGAUACUCAUCUUGGAGGCCAGGACUUUGACAAUAGGAUGGUGAAUCAUUUUGUAAAAGAAUUCAAGCAGAAGAAGAAUAAGGACAUUAGUGGGAAUCCAAAAGCUAUUAGGAGAUUGAAGACUGCUUGUGAAAGAGCCAAGAGGUUCCUUUCCUCCGCUUUUGAAACCACAAUUGAGAUUGAAUCAUUGUAUGAGGGGAUUGAUCUCUUUUCGACUAUCACUCGUGCUAAAUUUGGGGAACUUAACAUGGAUUUAUUCAACCAGUGUAUAGAGUUAGUUAAGAUGUGUUUACAGGAUGCAAAGAUGGAGAAGAGCAGCGUGGAUGAGGUGGUGUUGGUCGGGGGGUCGAGUAGAAUUCCAAAGGUGCAGCAGAUGUUGCAGGAGUUGUUCGAUGGAAAAGAGGUGUGCAAGAGCAUUAACCCAGACGAAGCAGUGGCUUAUGGUGCUGCCGCGCUAGCUGCCAUGUUGAGUGGUGAAGGCAAUGAGAAGGUGCAGAAUCUGGUUCUUUUGGAUGUCACUCCGUUGUCGCUUGGUAUUGAAUGUAACGGAGAUUUGAUGAAAAUAAUUAUUCCAAGGAAUACAACCAUCCCUACAAGGAGGGAGGGAUUUUUCACCACAUUAUCUGACAAUCAGACUUUUGUGACGAUUAAAGUGUACGAGGGUGAGAGAACGAGGACGAAAGACAACAAUCUGCUAGGGAAAUUCGUGCUCGAAGGGAUUCCACCGGCACCCAGAGGUGUUCCUAGUAUCAAAGAGUGCAUCGACAUUGACGAAAAUGGUAUCAUGAGUGUGUCAGCGGAGGACAUGGCGACCAGAAACAAGAAGAAGAUCAUCAUCACCAAUGACAGGGGUAGGCUGUCGAAGCAAGAUAUAGAGAAGAUGGUGCAGGAUGCCGACAAGUACAAGUGGGAGGACGACGAGUAUAAGAAGAAGGUUAAUGCGAGGAUUGCUGUGGAGGACUAUGCCUACGGCAUGAGGAACACCAUCAGAUGCGCAGCCAACCUCACAGCAGCAGACAAGAAGAAGAUGGAGGAUGCUUUCAUGUCUUUUAUGCAGUGGUUGGAGUCAAACAAACAUGCAGAGGCUCAUGUUUUCAAAGACAAGAUGAAGGAACUCGAGACCGUUUUCAAACCCAUCAGCACCAAAGAAUGAAACCUGAUGAUUCGCAGUGGCUCUUUUACCUUUUUGUCUAUCAAGAUUUUGUGGAGUUUGUUCUUGUUCCUUUUUUGCCGGUAUGCACUGUAUUAGACUUAAAAAAUUAUCGUUUAUGGUUGCUAAAGUGUGACGAUUUACUA